GUCGCUGUUACGUUGAUGCACAUUGCCCACCUGGUUUCAAAUGUGGUUUUUAUAAAAGGUGUUAUGAUAUGACUGAUAAAAGAUUUACAGUGGAAUCUUUCAUGCAUAUCCCAUGCAAACAAGCAGCGCCAGAGUUUUGUGCGGAAGUAACGGGUUUUGAAAAUGCUAUGUGUCGUGAAAUCUAUUUCGAGUUAGAGAAUGUCCGUUCAUAUGUAUGUCAGCUUCCGCCACCGUUUGCAUGGGCUGAACUCAAAACCUGUGGUACAAACGACAGCUGCUCUCGUUAUAGUACAUGCAUAAGAGGGAUUUGUUUCCAUCCAUUUUGGGUUACCGUCAGAAGACGUUGCCAGAGCAACAUGGACUGCACUUUUCGUUCGUAUUGCGAUAGAAAAGAUGGUGGAUGCGUGCAAGGGAAAUGGGUACUGACUCAUAAAAAUUGUCGAGUGUCGUCAGAAUGUAACUAUGAAAAAAAUGUGGUGAAAUAUGUAUGUCGUAGAUUUGAAUGUACGUAUCGACGAAGCGUGCCGCAAGAAUGUGAUGCUUGUCGGUUUGAUGAAUUUUGUGAUUUGUAUGAAAAUUGUCUCAAAGUUCAGCGUUUCAAUGAGAUUUUAGAAUUCAAUUGCGACAAUGAUAAUUGGUUUUAUUGGUACAGCGCAUUCUAUUGCUCGUCGACAACGGAAAAGACGUACGAGGAAGCGGUAUUGGCGUGCGAAGAAUUAAAAGCAGAAUUAGUUUACCCACCAGACAGAGGAACUAUGAAAAGCAUCUCUCCUGAAAAUGCCUUGUUAUCAUAUUUGGCUGUACGCGCUGGUUGGGUUAAAGAAGAAAUUGACGGAGUCGAAAAAAUAUUUGUGAAUUGGAUGAAUACUAAUGAAAGAACGAUCAAGUCACGGCAGAAAUGUCAAACAUCAUUUGUCUAUCGUCAUGACCACUGCUAUAUCACGGGAUUUACCAACUUCGUACCACGUUUUGCAAUCAGAACAAUUUGCAAUUUGCUGGAUAGUGAAAUAGUCAAAAUUAAAAACAAGGAGGAGGCACGGACCGUCUAUGGACUUGCUGGAGGAAGAUCGUUCUGGCUUGGCUUGAGGAAAGGAAGAAGAGAUUGGUACUGGGAUACUAGUACUUAUGGGACUCGGGCACAUUUUUUCUUCUGGCGUACAGGACAGCCAGAUAUAACAGGCACAAAAGAUUGCGUUUACGCGGCUUACGCAGGAGAAUGGAUGUCCGCAGAUUGUGACAGCUUUCGCUUGCCGAAAAUAUUUGUAUGCCAGAGCCCACCAUACAAGAACUAG